GAUCGUCAGUUGUACGAGAAGCGUGUAUAACAGUUGCCUUUUUAUCUCAAGAAAUUCGUAAUCGUUUUGAUCGAUUCGCUGAAGGUAUUUUACAAACAAUUAUUGCGCUAUUAUCAAAUAGCGCUAAAGUUAUGGCAACUAGUGGAGUGGUUGCAAUGCGAUUUAUCUUAGAGAAUACAUGCUCUUCUCGUCUUCUUCCCAUUCUCACUUCUUCAUUAUCAUCCAAGUCUAAUAUUACCAGAAAAUGCAUUUGUGAAUUCUUAGAAAUCAUUUUUCGAACUUGGCCGGUAAAUAUUCUUGAAAAAAAUCUCCCUGUAUUACAAGAUGCAUUAAAACGAGGUAUUUCAGAUGCAGAUCAAGAGGCUCGAUUGUUUUCUCGACGUUCAUUCCCAUUAUUUGUUGCUAAAUUUCCGGAACAAGCAAAUUUAUUUCUACAAAAUCUUGAUGUACAAAAACGUAAACUAAUUGAAAAAGAUUUAAUUGCUGCAGGUUUAUCGGAUGACAUUAGUGCCGGGGAUACUAGUACAACUGGAUCAUCAAGGAAUCAGUCUAGUAAUAGUAUUAGUAGUAGUCAAUCGAAUCCACUUUAUCAAAGUACACGUAGACCAAAUCGACCUGUACUAGGUACUAGUUCAUUAGCCAAUAAUACAAAUCGUAAUCGUCCACCAUUGACCAGUCAAAAUGAAUAUAAUACCGUUGGUCGGUAUUUCCGUCAACGAUCAAUAGCUUCAAAUUAUGACGGUCGUCCACGUCCAGCUGGUGGGAAAAUUAUAUCACAAUCACAGCCUACAAGUCGUGAAGUUUCACCAUCACGUCUAGCCUAUUUCGCUGCCUAUGGUAAUGCUGCACCUAAUAAUAAUGAUACACAAAAAUUACAAUUCAAUACAGCUAACACUAGUCGUAAUGGUACAGUAGGAUUGGUGGAUAGUAAUAAUGCUAAUACUACUACCACUGGACGUCCUACACGUGUAGGCAUGAAUUCACGUGUUCCACGUAGUCAAGGUGCUAGUCGAGAAGCUUCGCCUACAAGAUCUACUGCAAGCGGUUAUGCUGGACCUCCAUAUCAGUCUAAUAAUAGUUUUCAAUUAUCCGGCACAGGUCAAAUUGGACAAAUGAGUUAUCGGCGACAACAACAACAAAGACCAUCUCUUGGUACUCUAAGUGAUUGUGCAGAUCUUGGCGAUGGACCUUUAUAUGGUCGACAUUAUUCAGUCGGUAACAGUCGUGGCCCAUACGGUUCAGAUGAUAAUUUCAGUGAAACAUCCGUGUGUAGAGAGACUUAA